AAGUUAUUGUUGAGGCGGCAGGCGGCCCAAGAUGGCGGCGGCCGUAGGGUGGGCGGAGCGGAGGGCCCGCGGCGGAGAGGAGCCCCGGAGAGAGCGGGGGCCAGGUCGGGCUGGCACGGAGAGGAGCGAGAGGCGAAGGAUCGAGCUGCCAGAGGAAGAGAUCCCUCCGGGGAACCAAGAGGAUGGCUACACGGCUGAGCACCUGGCUGCUGAGGCCAUGGCAGCGGACAUGGACCCCUGGUUGGUCUUCGAUGCUCGCAGCACCCCACCCUGUGAGCUGGACUCCUGGCUGGCCGACUAUCCUCCUUCCCUCGUCUCUCGCUACGGGGGACCCGGUGCCCCCAAUCCCAAGCCUGUGGGCUGGAUCGCCGUCUACGGGCCUGAUUUCUCCCCUGGAGCUGGGGACGUCCAGGGACUGCAGGGGGCGUGGGAAGCCCUGCAGGCCAGCGGGCGCCCCAUUACGCCUGCUAUCCUGCGGGAACUGGCCCUCACUCACCAGGUCCUGACGGGCAAGUGGCUGAUGCACCUGAGCCCUGGCUUCAAGCUGGACCAUGCGUGGGCCGGCAUUGCCCGGGCUGUGGUGGAGGGGAAGCUACAAGUGGCCAAAGUGAGUCCCCGGGCCCAGGAAGAGGAGCGGCAGGUCAUCUGCGUCUACACGGAGGACUUUACCGACCAGGAGGGAGUGCUGAAGGCUGACGCCGCCAUCCGGGCAGCAGGGGUCAAGUGCCCAAUGACCUACAAACCCGAUGUCUACACCUACCUAGGAAUCUACCGAGCUAACCGCUGGCACCUGUGCCCCACCCUCUACGAGAGCAGCUACCACCUUGAGAGCGACCCCCAUUGCUCCCGAGUCCUGGACCGCCUCAACAACACGGCGCUGACUUAGCCAGCCGAGUGGCCUUGGGGCGGGGAGGGCAGAGACAAUCAUUCUGACCCUGGCCGGCCCGUAGGGGGCGUGGGCUUUGGAGCUGAGACCCAGCCCUCCGCUCAGCCCCCACCCCCCCACCCUCUAGGCUGCCUGCCUUCCCGGCCCUGGGGACCAGCCUGAGGCUCAGGAGAGGGGAAGGGAGAGGAGCUGAGACAUGACGUCAUCCCCCUCCCCCCUUCCCCAGCGCUGGUCCCGGCAGCGGAGGGAGAAAGGGACCCUCUGCCUUCGGAGCUUCUGUUGCUUGCCCAGAGCCUCAGCUGGGCUCUCUCCCUCCCCCUGCUUAGAGCUGCUCCACCCCAUCCCUGGCUGGCAGAGCACAGAAGAGGUGGUGGAGUGUUGCAUCCUGGGAGUUGUAGUCCUGACUCUGAACUGGGCCACCCAUAUGGCCUCCCAUGGAGAGGGUGCCAGCUGCUCCCUGCUCUGAGGGCAGUGCCCUAUGCCCCCAACUCACUUUUCCUUUCAUUGCUUCAAUAAAGCCCACCUUCAUUUUCAUCCCAGCCCUCCCUUCCUCCCGGUGCUCUGGUCUGGGUGGCAACUGGUCAGGUCCAGCCAUUGUGAGGAGGAAUGGUGUUAGGAGGCCUGCUGGGCUGAGGAGGUUAGGGGCUAGCCUAGGACCAAGACCUGGGGAGCCACAGACCUGACCAUGCAAUACUGCUGUUGGUGCCACUGCUGGCUCCCAUCAGCUCCAGUAUCACACUGAGGAUGCCCUGUCGGGCAUGCCUGCUCCUUUCCUCCCCUCCCCGUCUUCUGGCACUCCAGGUACAAUGGCCUGGCUGUUCUUGCACAGGACUCAGGCCUUUGCACUGGCUCUGCCCCAUGCCUGAAUGCUCUUUGUCUUCACCUCUGCCUCCUGCCUUCCCUGGGACCUUCACUGCCUUCCUUCCCCCUAUACUUGUGUCUCCUUAGUUAUUAACUCGUUGUCUCUUCCAUUAGAAUGUGAGCCCCUCGAGGGAAAAGACCCUUUUAUUUUUGCUUUUCUUUGUACCCACAGCACUUAGCACAGUGCCUGGUGCCUAGCGAGCCCCGAAUAAAUGCUUGUUGACUGAUUCCUUCGACAGCUUCCCUCUCUGCCUUAGGUAUGACACUUACUGGUUUACUUACUAUGGGCACUUACUGGCUUAUGGAGAACCUUCAGUCCAGUCUCAUGUGAUCCCCACAACAGUCCUGUGAAGUAGGGAGCAUAGCGAGUAUCCUCAUCUUACAGAUCGGGAAACUGAGGCACAGAAGUCAAGUGACACAGCUGCCAGGGUUGGCAUUCAAACCUACAUCUUCUAACUUCAGGUCCAGACCUCUUUCCAUCCUAUAUCAUCUGCCUCUCAGGGUGAAACUCCGUUUACUUCAGGAAGCAUUUGUAUUCCCAGUAAGAUGCAUGAGGAUCUGAGCCAGGUGCUGGGAAUACAAAGGAAAAUGAACAGACCUUGCCCUCAAGGAGCUUCCAGUUCUACGUUGUUUACACAGAUAGUG